ACGUAAAGGUUUUUGGACUACAACAGUUAGUAGUUACAACAAAAUACUGCUUCAUAAAAAUAAGGUUCCAACAUUUCAAAACUGUAUUCUGCAAAACUUUGCUUUUCAUCAAUGCUAAAUUCGUUUUCUUGGGGGAAAAUGUACGGGAAAACCAACCAAAAUGGACUGUUUUUUGGGAUUAAUCUUCUCUCAAGGUUAGAUUUAGCAAAGUGUAAGGAAAGCAAAUGUUUUAAAAUAAUUACAAUUUUAAGAUUUUGGUGGAACCAUUAAUAAGUCCAAAAACCUUAGAAACGAAUUUAAACUAAACAAACUAUUGCCGAUAUCGUUUUAAGUGCUGAGAACCCAGAACAGUCAUUAUCAGAAUCUGGAUCAGCAUCAAAAUAGAAUGGACACUGAGUAUUUGUUAUACAUGUUCCAGUUUUAAUCUAAUAUAGUCCAUCUUAUUAUCUACAUUUCCCGGUUUGAAAAUGUUCUACUAAAUCUCCAUAAUAUGAUUGGAUACAGAAAGUUCUCGAAUCUAUAAUUUUGGUUGUGUUACAGAGGAAGAUAUGGGUUCCAGGAACGGUUGGUCCAACCUCAGUGAAGAGGCGGUGGACAAAGAGAAUAGGGACUACCAGGAAAGAUUGUCAAGUAAAGCCGCAUAUCUCAAGUCGUUAGCGUUUGAUAUCGAGACUGAAGCUAAAGAUCAUCAUCGUCUUUUAGAUGACGUAGGAGGAGAUUUUGACACAAGUACAGGUUUACUCGGAGGAACGCUGAGCAGAGUCCAGAAAUUAUUAGGCCAAGGAAGAACCAAUAGACAGAUAAUGUGCUACACCAUUUUGGUGAUCAUCUUUACUUUCAUCAUCUUAACAUACAUCAUCUCUAGCAGUAGAUCAUAGAUCAUCUUCAAAGAUCUCUAGCAGUAGAUCAAAGAUCAUCUACAUCCUACUAUCUACAGUGAAAAUACUGGAUCCUGUUGUAGAAUAUAUACCCUCUACAGAAUGUUCUCAGGAUAAAUUUUUAUUAUUUUUAUAGUUAUGGAUGUACUUAUUAUUAGCUAAAGUGUCCAUAAAACAAAAAUUUUCAUGGCCCUACAAUACAAGACAAAUCCAAGAAAAUUGAUCAAAUCAUGAAUGUUACAACAUCUUGUCAUCCUAAAUAUUUUACAUCAUUCAUUUAACCUUGAAUCUUAAAGAUAAUUCCUUUAUAAAUCCUUUAAUAUUGUGUUAAAUUUAGAAUUUAGAAUUAUUUAUUUCUCCAACUGUGAUAUUUAUGAAUCUUUGCAGA